AUGAUGAGUUCAGUCACAGCAUUCUUCUGUAUCUGGACCUGUCCUUCAGUAGCGCAAGACGCUGUGAUCGAUGAGCUCGUAUCUGAUCUACGCGCAGCAUCCAACAUACUGAGUGCUACAGGUGAGCACUGGCCUGGAGCGAAGCGAAGCCGCGAUAUUCUGGAUGAGUUGUCGCACAGAACUAUCAGCUGGAUGAUGGAUCGCAAGAAUCGCAGCGAUCUCAGAUACUCCAACCCGAGCACAGCACCUGGCCAUGAUAAUUCCCUCAACACGGGUUCGAGUAGCUACAAUGCAGCUUCUCUCAACAACCAGCCUGAAGCUAGAGUUACAACAGGACAACCCCAAGCCGAUGAGCUCGAUGUGUUCAUGCAGCAGUACAGUCGGAACUGGACACCUGGGCUGGACUUUCUUCCAUCAGCUUUUGAACAAAUGUCAGACCCAAACACUGGCUUGUGGACGGGAGACAUGAACACCGACACAUUCCUGCAGGAUCUCUUUGACGGACUGGCUCCUAUGUCUUUCUAA